CUUUUCGCCCGUGUCGGCGAAGAGCCAGAGGUGGCUAGUGGUGCCUCCCCAUCCAUCACCACCCCCACCUUGGCUCCUCGCCCUCCCAGGAGCUCCCCGCCUCCCGUCGGCACACACACACACAGACAGACACACACACACACAGACACACACACUCCUCCGUCGUGCUCCCGUUCACCCGAUUCCAGCGGGCUUUUAAGUGGCGCAGCUCGCCUCGGCUGUCCCGCAGAGAGAAGAGCAACUCCUCGUCACCGUGACCUGCACUGAGGCCCCCCCCCCUCCUCCUCCCUCACCCCCGGCAAAACAAGGAGUCCUUUUUCACCGCUGAACCUCCCCCUUCAACAGGUGUGGCAUUGGAUCCUCGCCUUUGUAGAAUGUGGGGGGUGGAGUGCCUCGGGUUUUCAUGCGAAUCUCUCUCGGGGCGGCUCUCCCGUCAAACGGUGAUGACUCUUGAACAGACCGGCCACAUCGUCUCCGCUGCUGCUGCUGCUGCUGCGACUGCCACUGCCACAAAUGUUCUGAGCCGAGCUGGCGAAGUCGGCAUGCGACGACGGAUCUUCGACUUGGCGCCGAUGAUGCUCUCUGCACCUGCGGUAUCAUCAUCAUCAUCAUAAACAACAACAACAACGAGAGUAGCAGUCGGAACGUUGCAGAAGAAACUCAAACCGGCGCCACUAACCGCGGCACGUUCCUUUUGGACAACCCUCUGCACGUGUCAAAACAGAGAGACGAGAAGAGCGUUGUAUUUGUUUCGCUCCUUCUCCGAGUGCUGCUGCUGCUUGUUUUUUUAUUCACGAUUCACUGCUCAGCCACGAACACCGCCAACCUCCACUCGGAGGAGUGAAGUCUCCGCGCCUACUCGGUGGACUUUACACACCGGGGGGGGGUGGUGGUGUGGUGGUGGUGGUGGGGAAGAGAAAAUAAACCCCGGCAGCGUCAGCAGCAGCAGCAGCAACCUCAGCUCGCAAAAAUCCCCGGGGGUAAAGUCGGCACCGUCACCAUGAACUCUUCCUUCCCGCUGCCCAAGCCGCUCAAGCGAGGCUCCGGUGGGGCAGCCGGGAGGGCAGCUCGCCUCGUGGUGCUGGGGCAGAGCGGAGUGGGGAAGACAGCGAUGACGGUCCGCUUCAUAACCAGGCGCUUUAUCGGGGAAUAUGACCCAACGCUAGAAACCAUUUACCGCCACUCGACGGGCAUCGAUGGAGAGAUGGUGCAGUUUGAGAUCCUGGAUACUGCGGGACAGGAGGAGGACAACAUGCUGCUGGAGGAAAAGAUCAAGUGGGGCGAGGGCUUCCUCAUUGCCUACUCGGUGACCGACCGCUGCAGCUUCGACGAGGUCAUGCGCCUCCGCUUCCUCGUCAACCACGCGCACGCGUGCGGCCGCCGGGGCCCCUCCGCGGCGGACCCGCCGCCCGCCCUCGUCGUGGCCAACAAGCGGGACCUGCAGUUCGACCGCAUGGUCUCCGUGGCCGAGGGGGAGGCCCUCGCCGCCGCCCUGCGCUGCCCGUUCGCCGAGGUGUCGGCGCGGGACUCAUACGAGGAGGUGCUGGCCGCGUUCGAGGCGCUGCACCGCGAGAUGCUGCGGCAGAGCGGCGGCUCGCCCGGCGCCCACAAGCGGAAGAUGUCCUCCAAGAUCAUGGACCGCAUGCCCCGCUUCCCGGCGUCGCCGUCCGUCAACGGCACCGGACGGACGUUCACGUUCAGCUCCAACUGAGCCCGAGGAGCAGUCGGAGGGGAGGCAGCAGCGGAGGAGAUAGAGGGGGUGGUGGGGGCGGCGCGUCCGUGCAGCCGCGUGGCUGUGAUAACCACAGCUGCAGCAGCAUCAGUGGCACACAGGGGAUUAUGAUGCUGGAUAAAUGUGGCUUUGAUGGAACACAUCCUUUGCAUGCAUGCACUUAUUGCAGCGCUGGGAGAAGUGAAUGACAUUACAAUGCAAUGUGAUUGCGUCUGUGGCCUAUGUACGCACAACUGCGUAGGCAAUGCUUGCAGGUGGCAGGCUGUGUUUAUUGCACUGUCCAGGCCAUUGGUACUGUCCUGUAUAUGUUAAGUACAAACUGAUUGUAUAUACUGUAGUUUUGAUUUCAAGCUUUCGUGACUGCAGGGAUUCAUAUUCUUGGUUCUUUCGGUAAAGUCACGUAGAAGGGAAACAAUAAAAUAAUAAAACAAUAAAAUUCUCACAACGUUUCGACUGCAACACAAGCAAUCAUCAUCAGGUGUGAAAAUCACAGAAAGAAAAAUGUUUCCCUUCUACGUGACUUUACCGAAAGUACCAAGAAUAUAAUGUAGUUGUCACAUCACAGCCAAGUGUCAGGGCUUCCCAAACACCAUUCAGCACGUCUCACCUUCAUUGGGUCAGCAGAGGCGUUCACCGUGUAACAGAACUCUGCAUUUGAAUGUCGAUUCGUGAAAAUGGGUUUAAGAAAAAUCAGUAACCCAAGUUAUAUUAGCAGGAGCACCCUAAAUCUCUUGAGGGUUACGUGGUGCUAGCUGGGGGCGUGAAAAUAAAUAACGAAUGUUCAGUGUCUUGGGUGCCCAGCAUGGGACGAAGUUCAUGUGUUAGGGAGUAGGAGUUCAUUUUUGGGAAACCACUCUUGAUUUAGUGGAGAAACAGGGUCGUUAAACACGUGAGGGUGAGCCAAAAGCAAUAGGCAUAAAUUAAAGCAAACUAAAAAGGCUGUUUAUCUAACUUAAGUGAAGCACCAAAUGUAAGUAUUGGGAGUUGUUUUGGUAAGUGGUCCUGUUGUGACUGGGCUGGAACCAUAGUCCCACUAAAUUUGGGAACCCGAUUUGAUCGGAGGCCGCUGCCCAGAUUCGAACUCCGCAUCUCGACAGCAGUGCCCAGCUAAGUACUCUAACCUCUGAACCACCCGGUCAUCUCCGCCAUUCACGCGAGGUGGCAAAAACAAGGGCUACAGAUAUACCACCCCCAAGCUUAGCUUUCCUGAGCCCCGAGCAGGCGUUCAACAAAAGAUGCCUUGUUUAAGUUAUUGUAUUUUCAAAUUUGCCAAAUAGGGAGUCAUGGCACUGAAAAACAGUGGAACGCUUUUGCCAAUGUUAUUAACAGCAUCAAGCCAAUUAAUCUGCUGAAAGGAAAAAAAAUGGGGAACCUUCAAAACUGCAGAAAUGAUUCCAUCUCUAUCUGUGACCCGAUGUUAUCAUGCAACAUUAUCAACAUUAAGUUUCAUCCACUUACCCAAGAAUGUACAGUAUGCAUGCUAAUAUACAUAUGAUAAAGCUCUUUCUCUGAGAAAUUAAUACCCGAACGUAUUCUAUUUUUGUGAGAGAUGAGAAUAGAUAUGCUAGGUACAUUUGCUAAAAUGCUGAUAAUGUUGAACAAUCCCGAACUGAAUUUUAAUCCAUUCCUCGGCAACUCAAUUGUGUUCCACCUCUCUGCAUUACAAUGAAUUAAGUGGAGGUCGUUGGAUUAAAAUCUCCAUGCACAGCUGCUACGUGAA